CCGGGCGGAGGGCCGGCCCGAGGGCGCCUCCUCCUGGCGGCGCUGGUGCUGCUGGUGCCGCUGUGGGCGCGGGGGGCCCGGGGCCACGGCAACUCCCAGUGGGGCGCGAUCGUGGGCAUGAGGCUGGAGAGCUGCAACAAGUCGUGUGGGAUGAAUCCGGAUGGCACCAUCUUCGUGUCCGAGGGCAGCACCGUGAACCUGAGGCUGUACGGCCUGAGUCUGAACAACAUCUCCAGCAACCUGAUCUCCUUCACCGAGGUGGACGACGCCAAGACCGCCCACGAGUCCACCAACUGCCUCGAGCUCACUAAGGACCUGGUCGUCCAGCAGCUGGUCAACGUGAGCCGCGGGAACACGUCCGGGAUGCUGGUGGUGCUCACCAAGUUCCUCCGGAGGAGCGAGAACAUGAAGCUGUAUGCACUGUGCACCCGGGCCCGGGCUGACGGGCCCUGGAUAAAGUGGAUGGACAAGGACUCACUGCUCUUCAUGGUGGAGGAGCCUGGGAGGUUCCUGCCCCUCUGGCUGCACAUCCUCCUCAUUAUGGUGCUGCUAGUGCUGUCGGGCAUAUUUUCUGGCCUCAACCUGGGGCUUAUGGCCCUGGACCCCAUGGAGCUGCGCAUCGUGCAGAACUGUGGCACUGAGAAGGAGAGGAGUUAUGCCCGCAAGAUCGAGCCCAUCCGGAGCAAGGGCAACUACUUGCUCUGCUCGCUGCUCCUCGGGAAUGUGCUGGUCAACACCUCCCUCACUAUCCUUCUAGACAACCUCAUCGGGUCUGGCCUCAUGGCGGUAGCCUCCUCCACCAUAGGCAUUGUUAUCUUUGGGGAGAUCCUACCUCAAGCCCUGUGCUCCCGGCACGGGCUGGCUGUGGGUGCCAACACCAUCAUUCUCACCAAAUUCUUUAUGCUUCUAACCUUUCCGCUCAGUUUUCCCAUCAGCAAGCUCCUGGACUUUGUUCUUGGCCAGGAGAUUGGCACCGUUUACAAUCGGGAGAAGCUGAUGGAGAUGUUAAAGGUCACAGAGCCCUAUAAUGACCUCGUGAAAGAGGAGCUAAAUAUGAUCCAGGGUGCCCUGGAACUACGGACCAAAACCGUGGAGGAUAUUAUGACCCAGCUCCAAGACUGCUUCAUGAUCCGCAGCGAUGCUGUCCUGGACUUCAACACGAUGUCGGAGAUUAUGGAAAGUGGCUAUACCCGCAUCCCAGUGUUUGAAGAUGAGCAAUCCAAUAUUGUAGAUAUUCUCUAUGUCAAAGACUUGGCUUUCGUGGACCCUGAUGACUGCACCCCCCUCAAGACCAUCACCCGCUUCUACAACCACCCGGUGCACUUCGUUUUCCAUGACACCAAGUUAGAUGCCAUGCUGGAGGAGUUCAAGAAGGGGAAGUCCCACCUGGCCAUCGUGCAGAAGGUGAACAAUGAGGGCGAGGGCGACCCCUUCUACGAGGUCCUGGGCCUGGUCACGCUGGAGGAUGUCAUUGAGGAGAUCAUCAAGUCCGAGAUCCUGGACGAGUCGGACCUGUACACUGACAACCGAAGCCGGAAACGGGUGUCUGAGAAGAGCAAGCGCGACUUCUCAGCCUUCAAGGAUGCUGACAAUGAACUCAAAGUGAAAAUUUCACCUCAGCUGCUUCUGGCUGCUCACCGCUUCCUGGCCACGGAGGUCUCCCAGUUUAGCCCCUCCCUGAUAUCAGAGAAAAUCUUGCUGCGGCUGCUCAAAUACCCAGAUGUCAUCCAGGAACUCAAAUUUGACGAGCACAACAAGUACUAUGUCCGCCAUUACCUGUACACCCGAAAUAAGCCAGCCGACUACUUCAUCCUCAUCCUGCAGGGGAAAGUGGAGGUGGAGGCAGGGAAGGAGAACAUGAAGUUUGAGACGGGCGCCUUUUCUUACUAUGGGACCAUGGCCCUGACUGCAGUGCCCUCUGAACGCUCCCCAGCCCACCCCACACCUCUCAGCCGCUCAGCCUCCCUCAGUAACCCGGACCGCACAGAUGUCUCGGCCACAGCACCCUUGGCUGGCAGCAGCAACCAGUUCGGCAGCUCCAUCCUGGGCCAGUACGUGUCUGACUUCAGCGUUCGGGCGCUCAUGGACCUGCAGUACAUCAAGAUCACUCGGCAGCAGUACCAGAACGGGCUGCUGGCCUCGCGCAUGGACAACAGCCCUCAGUUUCCCACGGAUGGGUGCACCGGCCGCGGGGAGAACUUGGCUGAGAAGUUGGAGCUGCCUGUGGUGGACGAGACCACCACUCUUCUCAACGAGCGCAACUCCUUGCUGCACAAAGCCUCCCACGAGAGUGCCAUCUGACAGGAGGGCCUGGGGCCCCCCGCCCACCCUGCGGGGGCCUCCCCAGUGGGCCCAAGUGAAGCGAGCCUGUUAGGCCAGAAGGGAUAAAGAUAGACGGCCUGUCUGACUGAGUGGCCAGAUGGCCCCCAGCUUGUGGGGAUCUGACCUCUGACAGGGACCUCCGCCCAGCCCUGCACUGGUGGGGCAGUGGGCCAGCUACCAUGAGCAAUGGCUGUUUUUUACCAAGAGAAUUUCUAAACUAGGCUCAUUGUUCCUCUUUUGAAAUAUCAUUUUGGGAAGGGAAGACAGGGUUAAGGAACUUUUUUUGUUUUUCCCCAAAAAGACUUUAAAAGGGGUAGGUUUUCUAACCCUGGGAAGCAAUAGCCAUAAUCUGCUCCCAGCCAUGUCCUUCUAGCUUGUGUCCCUAACUCAGGGUGCCCAUUCUUCCUCCUCUGCCUCCUCUUCCUCCAGAGGUGGGAUCCCAGAGCCUGCUGGAGGAGCUUGUCAUUUAGGAGGAAGACAGCUCUUCGCAGGAAGCAAAGAACCAAAAGGCAUUGAGAUCAGCUGCUGGGAGACAUGCGCCGAGGCUUAUCUGAUGUUGCUGAGGCCAAGGUCUUCUGGGUGACUGUGCAAGAGACAGGAUAAGGCCAGCCACAGAGAGGAGCACACCUGCCCCUGUCAACUGCUGGACCUAGGAAUCUCCUGGAACUCUGCCGAUGGCCUCUCCUGGUGAGUUGGGACUCGGCUGAGGACGCUCCCCCCUGCCUCCCAUCUUCUUGGACAAUUCCCCCCUUGUAAAGGGGCUGACUCAGAGUGUUAGUUAGGGUCUUGGACCUUUAUGAUUGCUUAUCCCUGCUCCCCAGGCCCUGCCCUCACUUUUACCAAAGGUUGCUCCCUCAGAGGGGAGGGCAUCUAUAUUAGAGGUGACUUGUCUGGGUCACUCCUUCCAGUUCUAGGAGUGAAUCUGGUCAUUGGCCUCUGAGUUGUUAACAGUCAAUACCACCCAUCCUCAUCCCACAAGGAGAGUCAAGGCUCAGCUGUUGACCCAUGAAGCUCUUCUUUCCAGACUCCUUAUUUCUAAUCCCAAAACCCCAGUCCCUCUUGGGGGAUGGAGACAAGAGGACAUGUUGAAAGCCACUGAAGCAGGUUCUUUAUGCUCUUUCCUCUGUGGCUGGCUGAUGCUCACCUGACCUCGUUCACCCACUUGUGGAACCCCAGGAAAGGAGGAUUCCACCUGAAGGCAUGCAGCUGGCAGUCCCCUCUCCCCAUGUCUGCGUGAUCUUAGUGUGAGAGAUCAUGCCAGCCUUUGCUGAAGUUAGUGGUACUUUUCCCCCAUGUGAAAUCCUGCCUCAGCACCCUUUCCUUGGGGCUGAAUCAGGCCCUUCUGCAGAGCUCCAGGCUUCCCACUGUGGGGGAGGCUGUGGGACCAAGGUCCACAUUGACCCUUCUGUUGGGUGGAAGAGGAGCUGGGGCUCGAGGUCCAGGUGAGGGAGACACUGCAGGCCUUCUGCCUGACUACUAUUUAUUCACUCCUUUCCUCAACCAGUGGAAUCCUGUCACCCCAAGUGCUCUGCUGUCCAGGUGCCUAGAGAAUCCUAACUCUCGGGACCAGGAAAUGUCUUGCACCAAGCAUCCCUGCCCCUGGCCAGACUGAGGUCUUCCCCAGUCAUAAAAUUUACUCCUAGAAGCCUGGAGGGAAGGUGGUAAAUUAGCCUGUGAUUCUCAGCUAAAAGGAAAAAAGACACCAGACCUUUGUUCCCUGUUAGGGGAAAACCUUAGUUUUCUACUGGAGCAGCUUGCUCCUGAGUCCUCACAGGAGAUGGCCAAGUUGUGCUCCUGAGAGACCUGAAUGUCAGGUGGAGCAAAAUGCAUUGGCCCUAACCCAGUGGUAUGUGUGAAGCAAAAGGGGCAGGUGCCCGCACUUCUGCAGCUACCUCUUUGCACACACGGUUAUGACCAACAGACGGUCCCUCCUCUCCCCUCCUUUCCCCAUUUACAAUCACUUCUUGCAGGGGGUCAUAAUUAUUUCUAAAUAUUACUGGUCCGAUGACUUCCUCCUCCCAGUGCAAUUUUUUACUUCCUCUUUCAACCUCUGGUUCCUGGGCUGAGCCAUACCCUGGAACUGGCCCACCCCAUCUGACUUCCCAUGUAAGGGAGACCUUUGCAAAUGGCAUCCAAAUGGGUAGGCAAGCCACAGCUACCAUAGCAAAUAACUCAUAUUUAUUUUGCAUAAGAUUUUAAUUUGUAUAUUUUUGUGAUUUACUUUGGCAUUGUUAUGAGUUUGACUCUCGGGGAGUUUUGUUUUAUGACUCUUGUGUCUUUUGUCACAAAACAAUGAUAAUAUUUGCUAAACAAUAUAUGGAAUUUAUUUUUGAUUAGUAAUAAAAACGAAAUAUGUAUAAAGCUUGGUGAGUCU